AUGCUGCUGGGUGUCGGCUGCUGCGGUAUCAUGGCUCCGGUUUGCUGCAUGUGGUCCAGGGGUUUGGAAGCGUCGGUCCUUGCCUUUGAUGAAGCCGGUUGCUAUUUCGUUGGCGGCUUGUUUGGUGGAUCCAUCCUCCUCGAGAUGCUGGUAGCUCUCCUCAUGGCAACGGGUCAUUUUCCGGACCUGGGACCGCCAUUGCCCUAUGAAUGCGCCUUCUUGGUGGCGAUCCUCGCCGGCUUGGUCUUUUCAGUCAAGUCCAUUUUGGCAGAAGAGGGCAAGUGA